AUGCUUGUUUUAUUGAGUAUCGUGUUGUCUGCACUUGUAGUUGGAGUGAAUGGCGAUAAAAAAAACAAAUAUCCAGAAUGCUGUCCGUUUGGUAUUGACGCAUGUAAAACUAAUUCCGGUUCUGGUAAUGCUAAGGAGAGAGCCAAACUUUUCCCCGGUCUUUUUGUGAAUGUGACAUUCCUUGAGCUCCACAAUAAAUCAGUGGCCAAUAUAACGAAUCUCAAAACCUUUCACAACAUCGAUAUUGCUGGCAAUAAUAUGCAAAGAAACACCAAAAGGCGCAAACGGGCAACCGGCUGCCACUGCUGUCAAACUGAGUUUGUAUAUAUUGCUGCCACGGAAGUUGAAUAUGAAGGAGAAAUACAUGAUGUUGUUCAGUACGAGGACAUCGGCAGCUACCAGUUUACUACACAGGGGAUUUGUCAGAACGCCGCUUGCAGUCCGAACUAUACUUGUCAACUUAUGUAUAGGCUAGAAUGGAUCCUGAUAAAAAUUGACUGUCCGUGGGAACCCGAUAUGAUGUUUGUUCCUGUUAAUGUACCGAGCCAUUGUGAAUGCAUAUCAAAUUAA